AUGACUUGUGGAUCUUAUUGUGCAGGCUCUGUGAGAGCUUUCAGCUGUGCCUCAGCCUGUGGACCCCGGCCUGGCCGCUGCUGCAUCAGCGCUGCUCCCUACCGAGGGGUGUCCUGCUACCGGGGGCUGACUGGCUUUGGCAGCCGCAGCUACUGUGGGGGCUACAGGGCUGGCUCCUGCGGCCGGAGCUUUGGCUACCGCUCUGGGGGGGUGUGCGGGCCCAGCCCCCCCUGCAUCACCACUGUGUCUGUCAACGAGAGCCUCCUGACCCCCCUCAACCUGGAGAUCGACCCCAACGCCCAGUGUGUGAAGCAUGAGGAGAAGGAGCAGAUCAAGUGUCUCAACAGCAAGUUUGCCGCCUUCAUCGACAAGGUACGGUUCCUGGAGCAGCAGAACAAGCUGCUGGAGACCAAGUGGCAAUUCUACCAGAACCGGAAAUGCUGCGAGAGCAACUUGGAGCCCCUGUUCCAGGGCUACAUUGAGACCCUGAAGCGGGAGCUGGAGUGUGUGGAGGCUGACAGUGGGCGCCUGUCCUCUGAGCUUAACCAUGUGCAGGAAGUGCUAGAGGGCUACAAGAAGAAGUAUGAGGAGGAAGUUUCCCUGAGAGCCACAGCUGAGAAUGAAUUUGUUGCUCUGAAGAAGGAUGUGGACUGUGCUUACCUCCGCAAAUCUGAUCUGGAGGCCAAUGCAGAGGCUUUGACAGAGGAGAUCAACUUCAUGAGGGCCUUGUAUGAAGAGGAGAUCAGAGUUCUACAGUCUCACAUCUCAGACACCUCUGUUGUGGUGAAGAUGGACAACAGCCGAGAUCUCAACAUGGACUGUGUCAUUGCCGAAAUCAAGUCUCAAUACGAUGACAUUGCUAGCCGUAGCCGGGCUGAGGCUGAGUCUUGGUACCGCAGCAAGUGUGAGGAGAUGAAGGCUACAGUGAUCCGCCAUAGUGAGAGUCUGCGUAGGACCAAGGAGGAGAUCAAUGAGCUGAACCGCAUGAUCCAGAGGCUGACCGCCGAGGUGGAGAACUCCAAGUGCCAGAAUUGCAAGCUGGAGGCUGCUGUGACACAGUCUGAACAGCAGGGUGAAGCUGCCCUCAAUGAUGCCCGCUGCAAGCUGGCUGGGCUGGAGGAGGCUCUGCAGAAGGCCAAGCAGGACAUGGCUUGUCUACUGAAGGAGUACCAGGAGGUCAUGAACUCCAAGCUAGGACUGGACAUUGAGAUCGCCACCUACAAACGACUGCUGGAGGGCGAGGAGCAAAGGUUGUGUGAGGGUGUUGGCGCCGUGAAUGUCUGUGUCAGCAGCUCCCGAGGUGGCGUCGUCUGUGGCGAUCUCUGCACCAGCACCUCUGGUGCCCGUGUUGUCAACACCGGUAGCACUGGCCCCUCUGGUGGCAGUGUGGUGGUCAGCGCACCUAAUGCCUGUGCCCCCUGUGGGGUUGGCUCCGGCUAUAGCACCCGUUCUUGUGCCACCUCUUGUGGAGUCAGGAGGUGUUAG